AUGAACGACUUUAAAGUGCUACUUCUGCUCUUACUAUUCAUGGGUGUGCAAAGAUCUGAAAACCAUGUUUACAAUCUGGAAGAGUGUUUCCAAGAUCCUGAAUAUGAAAAGUGGUUGUCUAUUGCCAAACACGGACUAGGAAGGGCCUUGAAGCCUAAGAGUAUUGUGAUUGUUGGAGCAGGAAUAAGUGGACUGACUGCUGCCAAAUUACUCAAAGAAGCUGGGCAUCGGGUUGUGAUCCUGGAAGCCAGUAACCGCGUGGGAGGGCGCAUAAAGACUCACCGAGAAGAAGGCUGGUAUGUUGAUAUGGGGCCUAUGCGUUUGCCCAAAGCCCACAGAAUUGUUCGUGAAUACACUGACAAGUUCAAUCUCCGUCUAAGCCCAUUCAGGCUGACUAAUGAGAAUGCCUGGUAUUUCAUUAGAAAUGUCAGACACAAAAUGGCACCUCACAAUGCUGAAAUCUUUGGGUACCAAGUUCACCCCAAUGAGCGGGGAAAGUCUGCUGACAAGCUGUUUGAGGAGACGCUGGACAAG